UAUAACAACAAUUGCUUCUCUGUGGAAACGAACUCUUCCUUACCUUGUACUUCAUUUAUAUUUUGUUGAGUAAGAAAGUGAAUUAUUUUUUACGCAUACGACUGCGAUCACCUACUGCUCAAAGUAAGGUUCGUGAUGGUGCCCCUACUCGUUAUGGUAAUUUUCGCCCCUGGGCUUCGAAUUUCGCUGGCAUGAAUUUCAACUAUCAUAUUGAAGCUGUUGACCCAGAUGAGGCUGGUGAUGAGGAGAGUUGCGAGCACGUUUUUCCUUCGAAGAGCUCGAAGAGUGCUGUUACUGUCAAUGAUUCGAAGAAGAAGAAAAUUAGUUCUAUGGAGUCGUCAACCAUGGAGGUUGGAGACUCAGGAAUCCCUGAAGUGACCAAUCCGGUGGGUGACGAGGAUGUUUUUGACGAAGAAUAUGAUGGAACGCAUUGAGACCACUCCUCACGUCAAUGAAGAUACCGAAGAAGAGGCUGUCCCCGAGGGGAACAAGGAUAAUACAAUGGCUGAUCCUGAAGUUACUCCACUCGUCAUAUGGAUGAAGGUGCUGGUCUUCAUUCGUCGGUCCCUGGAACGAUGAACAUCUCGGAGCAAAACCCUAAGUUCUCCUUCGGCAGGAUUUACUCAUUUGGUGAUCAGGUGGACAUUGGUGCCGCGCUGGGGAUGGCUUCAGAGUUUAGGUUGUUGUACCCUAACGACGACUGGGAAGUAACCUCCGAAGACGAUGGUGAAAAGGCGCCUAACGAAGAGGAAAGUUCUGACGGCAAAGAUGUUGAGCGUCGUGCCGCAAAAGAGUCAAAGGGAAAAGGACCGUCUCUGGUGGAGAUACCGCUGGGGAUAAUGAUGAAAGAAAUGCUGAUGAAGGAGACGCUGCUGGUACUUUCGUCUGAAAACUUUGUGGCUGCUGUGAAGGGUGGCGGGGAUGAUGAGACCUUUCAGUGGUUGAAGAAGAUGGGCCUCAUGAAUGUACCUCAUGCUUCCCCAGAGGUUCCCGGGGAGAGGCCCUUUGAUGCCUUUAACAGUCAGUGGAUGCAACUGUCAUCCCGUGAACGAGUUGCCGAAGUCUGGGAACAUGAUAUGGGUGUUACUGCUUCGAGUCUGCUGGACAAUCCUCACACUUAUAUCUCUGAUAUGAUGGCCAUAGAUGACGGUCAUCGGUAUAGUUUCCCUCAACAACGCUUUCUUGAGUUGGUGAAGAGUGAGUACUGCGAUAAUACUUUCUACCAAUUCUUUAAGGCUAAAGCGCUGAAGUUGGAGUCUAAACUUCGUCAGAGGGACGAUGAACUUGAGUCUGCAGAAGAGUCUAUUGGAGCCAAAGAUAAAGAGAUCCAGGAGUUGAAAGAAAAUUUGAAAGAGAAAGAGCAGGCUGGCCCUGCCGAAGAACAGAUUCAUCAGGAGGUAGCUUCUCUUCGUGGAGAUUUGGAGAAGGCGCGUGCUGAAACUUCGUCUUCCAUAGCGGGCGUGCCAGAGAAUUAAUAUGGCUUCGGGGUGAGAGGAAUCACCAAGCUUCGCGGAUUAAAGAGUUGGUUGGAAAGAUCAUAAAGGAAGCAGAUAAGUGGAACGGUCGCGCCGCUCAGCAUAACAAGAUAUUGGUGGACGUGCGCAAGCAGAGAGAUCAUAUGAUAGCAUUAAAAAAUUCUCUGUCUGCUGCUCGUACUCAGUAUGAAGGUGCCAUGGAAUGGACACGCCAAUCUCUCCAUGAGGAUAGGGAUGAGGUUUCUCGACUGGAGGCGAAGGUGACGGACUUGGAAGUGGAGCUCCGUCAAGCCGAUCGUCUCAUGGUCUUGAUGUCCGGGAAUAUAUACAACGGUUAGUUAGGGAGAGAGACGAUGCUAGGGCAUAGGCACAUGCUCUUAGUAAGGCCUUGUCUGAUUCUCGUGCUGAUGUCGCCCGAUUGGUAGAUUCGGAAAAAAACCUGGAAGUUAACAUGUGUAGGCUCACCAAAGGGAUAAAGGAGAUGAGUAAUGAAGUCAACCGUCUUCAUCAUUUAGAUUCUAUGAAGCAGGUAGAGUUGGAUGAGUGCCAAUUUUCUCUUAAAACCUUCAAAUGGACUAUAAGAAAAUUUCCGAUGAAUACGAUUUUCUUGACGAAGAUUGAGACGCUGUAGUUAAUGAGUUUGAGAUAUCCUCGGCUAAUGUCGAAGGUAUACAUUCGUUUGGUUGUGGAUAAAUUCUUAAUUUAUUUAUUCUAACUGUUUUGCUUCUUCUGCUUCAAAGCUCGAGAGGCAACUUGGCCAUGCAAAUGAAAAGCUUGAAAAGGCUCAAUCUGAGCUAGUUAAUCAGCAAGGGAAGACGGAGUACUAUGAAGGGCUAGCGGGGUCUCGAGAUGUAGCUGCGAAGGAAUCAGCGAAAGAAGUCUGGAGUGAGCGUUCCUUCAUCUCAAAAAGAACGUUCUGCCGGUCACACUGAUUUUCCUGAGCCAAAGUAGGACCUUCUGAUAGAAUUGAAGCCUGAUCUUCGUUGAUUAUGUAGCCGUGGGCUAUUUUUUGUGUAUCUUUUGCGUUUUUUGCUUGCUUUCCCAGGCUUGUAAUCAACUCUUAUGAAAUGGAUCAUCAAUGUUCUUUUAAGUAUGUACAAUUUCGAUUCA